GGCGACACUGAUGAAAGUUUCUGUUUGAAUGGUGGCGUGGAAAUGUCAUCUUACCGAAAUCUAUAUAAAUUGAAUUGGAAAUAAAAGAUUUUAUUUACCAUUAAUUAAAGUUGGAAAUUAUUGUUAUAAAAUAAUCGAAAUGUAUUCCAGUGACGACUAUAAUGAGGGAGGAUAUGAAUCCUAUGGCGAUUAUGAGCCGCAUACGGGGGACCCCCAAUAUGACUUGGAUUACGACAGGUCGUACUACAAGAUGCCCGACAUGGUCAAGAAGUUCCUUGUGUAUUUCCGCAACAUGAUCACUGAAGGUGUCACAUAUGAGAUCUUGAACCUCUAUGAGAACACCUUCCCAAAACUCACUGAGCAGUAUUUUGAGAGCACUCCGUGGCCUGAUGAGAGUGAGGUUGCACCUAUAGUGGAUAAUGAUCAUGUCUUCAUGAUCCUUUACAAGGAGCUAUACUACCGGGACAUAUAUGCUCGUGUUCCCGGCGGCCCGAAGCCCGAGCAACGCUUCCAUUCAUUCUACAACUACUGUGACUUGUUUAACUACAUCCUAUCUGCAGAGACACCUGUGCCACUAGAACUGCCCGACCAGUGGCUCUGGGAGCUGAUUGAUGAAUUUGUGUAUCAGUUCCAGUCAUUUGCACAAUAUAGAUCGCGCACUUCCAAGUUGAGUCCAGCUGAGAUUGAGGCUCUCAAUACUGAGAACAAGGCAUGGAAUGUUCUGUGCAUCCUCAAUGUUCUGCACUCGCUCGUCGACAAGUCUAACAUCAAGCGGCAGCUUGAGGUGUAUGCUACUGGCGGCGACCCCGACUCUGUCGCGGGCGAGUUCGGACGCCACUCGUUGUACAAGAUGCUGGGGUACUUCUCGUUGGUUGGUCUGCUGCGCUUGCAUUCAUUGCUUGGGGAUUACUAUCAGGCAAUUAAGGUCCUGGAAAACAUCGAGUUGCACAAGAAGUCGCAAUACUCUCACGUACCAGCGUGCCAGAUCUCCACAUCAUACUAUGUGGGCUUUGCAUAUAUGAUGAUGAGGCGUUAUUCUGACGCGAUCCGCACUCUAUCCUCAGCACUUUUAUACAUGCAGCGGACGAAACAGCUGUUUUCGUCACGUUCGUACCAGAACGAUCAGAUCAACAAGCAGACUGAUCAGAUGUACCAUUUGCUCGCUAUCUGCCUGGUGCUGCAUCCCCAGUGCGUUGAUGAGUCUAUUCAGCAGGUGCUCCGCGAGAAGAACUACCACGAGAAGAUGUUCAAGAUGCAGUAUGGGGAUCUCGGCGAGUUCGAGAGCUGCUUCACGUUCGCGUGCCCCAAGUUCCUGUCGCCGUGCCCGCCGCCCAUCGAGCCCGGCUCCAACUACGGCAAGGACGCCGUCAAACACCAGACCCAGGUCUUCAUGGAUGAGGUGCGACAGCAAAAAAUGCUGCCAACUAUCCGCUCGUACCUGAAACUUUACACGACGCUGCCGCUCGCGAAACUCGCCGCCUUCAUGUCGGCGGCGCGCGGCGGAGAACGGGACGCCGCCAGGGAACACGCCGCCCUCGCCAUACAUUUACUCUGCUUCAAGCACAAGAUGAAGAAUGUCGUGUGGACCAAGGGCCCCAGCGGGCUGGAUGGCAAGUUCCAGAGUGGAUCAGAGUUGGACUUCUACAUUGACAACGACAUGAUCCACAUCGCCGACACAAAGGUAGCACAUCGUUACGGCGACUUUUUCAUCCGCAAGCUAUUAAAAUUCGAGGAGCUCAACAGGAAACUUCAUCACUUCAAGAUAUAAAUGCUUUUUUCUAAUUGAAACCCUCAAACCAAGUAAAAUAAUAGUAGAAAGUAAUCAGAAUUAAGCAAGUUCUUUGUUUCUAUCCCUUUUUGUAUAUUUACUUGCCUGGUGGUAAAAUAAAAAAAAAAAAAAUUAUAA